AUGGCAAAUGUGAGCUUGCCGGCGGGCAUUGCCGGCGCAGAGGUCCCAAAUCUCUACGGCGGGGACUAUCGCUACGCCAGGGAAGACAAGGGCGUCGAAGCCUUUGCGAUGCGUCUCUCCAACGUCGGGUGGUACGAAGCGACUGGCGUCGUGCCGCAGAUGAUUGUGAUUGCGCUGACCGACAUCGUGCUCCUCGUGCUCCUCUCGGAGAUAAGCGCGAUCGGCCUCAUGCUGCUCAAGCGCCUCCUUGCCCGAUGCAAGAGCGCGCAGCUCUCAAUCAACGCGUGGUUCCGGCCGCCCGAGUGGAUCUUUGCCGAUCGCUACGCGCACAUGCUCAAGCUGGUCGCCGUUGUCAUGUGCUUCGGCCCCGCCGCGCCGGUCCUCUACUUCAUCGGCGGCAUCUCCCUGCUGCUCUCCGUCACCAUCCAAAAGUUCAUGCUGCUCAAGGUCUACGCGCGGCCGCGCCCCCUCGACGACGCGCUCGCCUGGCGGUCUCGCGGCUUCCUGCAGGCCCUCUUCUUCCUCCAUGUCACGAUGGCGCCGCUCUUCUACGCGGAGCGCUUCCACGCGAUCCUAGCGGCAACGGCGGCGGCAAAGGAUCCCUCGAAGGCGGCUGCUCUGCAGUGGUACCCAGGCACGACCCUCGCUGCGCUGGACGUAGCGGAGAGCGCGACGCUGUCGGAGGUCGGCGAUGGCAUGUACCCCUUCUUCUAUGCCUUCGUCGUCUUUGGAUUCUCCCUCUUUGGCGGCGGCGUGAUCCAGGCCGUCUUCUGCUCGCGCGACCGUCACGCCGAGGAUACGGGAGCCGACCACCGCUCUUACCAGGAGGCGCGCGACGAGGACGGCCUUGGCGAGUACCGAUGCUCCCUCCGCUCCUCGAUCGUGCACGUCGACCGGCCAUACCGUAAGCCGCAGCGCGGCUCAGGCACAGCGGCCGAGCGCGAGCAGAAGGGGGAACACGCGUUUGUGUAA